AUGAUGGCCGAAGAAGUCGUUCGACGUGCUCAUGAGCGCAACAUCACCAAGAAGUUCCCUCGCCCUAAGAAUUGGAAGACAGAUCAGUUGGUGAGCUAUCUCAAAAGCAACCCAGUUAUUACUGAAUCUGAUAUUCUCUAUCUUCGCCAGCAGCAGAAUGCGUUCUUUCAGGCUUGCACGAACAGCAACAAGGAGAAAGCACAACAAAGCGUUGUAGAAGAAAAGCAAGGCACCUACCGGUGGGGAGAUGAUCCCAAUCGAUACUACCGAAUGAUCAUUGCUGCUCAAGAUGACAAUGUACGCAAAGCCAUGGCUGAUGAUGGAAAAUGCAAGGAUCGCCAAAGAGUGGAUGGUCGCAACAGUGACAAGAUGCCGGAUGGCUUUUACAAAGCCCUGACAGACAAAUGGAAUGAUGAAGAGUUCGUUGCCAAGACACCAGCACUCCCAAACCUGCAUGAAGAUUUCACUAUCGAACAUGAGAUUUACCACAUGGACGUCCCAAACCCAGUCAGUAUUGAAUUCAUUACCAAGCGCUGGAAAGAUUGCAAGAUGCGACUUAACAGAUUGGCCAAUCGGUAUGAGGGUAGUGGUCAUGGCUUUGGACAAAUCGAUGGAAGGGAAGUCUUUGGUCACAUGACUGAAGAGGCGCUACAAGCAGAUGACAGAAAGGAUUAUCUGUGGCAUCACUUUGGAGAACGUCCUCAUCUUCUUUUACUCUAG